CAAAUCGUCAUAUGAUUGGCUGCUUGUGACACACCUACCAGAUACAGCGCUGUGAUUGGUCAGAUGAUAAUCACACCCUCGUCACGCCAGUGCACGUAGCCCGACCGCCGGCCGAAAAGCAGUUAGAUUUUCAGCGGACGGAGCGACAAAAAGCAGGACUAUGGUACAAGGCUUUACUGGGUGUCUUUUCUGCAAUAUAAGUGAAAACACUAGACGGAAAACCCAGCCCCAGAGAACACAGCGACAUUGUACAUUGUAACACAGGGCCAACCUUUCUGUACAGAACACAAUUUGUGCAAUUGCAUCUCUACCUCGACUGCCACCAAGGCAAAACAGCUGCAUCUUCUCAACUUGUCUAUUGCUGUCAUCAAAUCGAAGCAACACCAGCAUCGUGAAACCAUGGGUAUCGGAUUCAAGCCACUGGACCAGCCCCCUACGGUGGGGGUGCGUUUCAUGGCCGCGGGGUUUGCCGCCUGUAUAGCCGACGGCAUCACGUUUCCAUUGGACACGGCAAAAGUUCGCCUACAGAUCCAGGGCGAGGGUAGUGCGGCAGCCGUCCCUCGCCUUACGACUCUCUGCACAAGCAACAUGGCGGCUCAGUUCGACAUGGCCGCCGGCCCGUUCAACGCGAAACACCGGGGGCUGUCCGGCACCAUCCUCUGCAUCGUGAAGCAGGAGGGUCCGAGGGGCCUGUACAGCGGACUGGUGGCCGGUCUCCACAGACAGAUGAGCUUCGCCUCCAUCAGAAUCGGCCUCUACGACUCCGUCAAGACCUUCUACCAGAAACAGCUGCGCAGGGAACAAGAUGGCGCUAGCAUGCCGACGAGAAUUAUGGCGGGAAUCACGACCGGCGCGGUGGCGGUGUCGUGUGCACAGCCGACAGACGUGGUGAAGGUUCGGAUGCAGGCGGAGGGAGCGAACCCCUUUGCCGGGAAGAAGCGGUACAGCGGGGCUCUGAGCGCCUACAGAACCAUCGUAGGAAGAAGAUAAGUUAAAGGUCUGUUCAAAACUGGCACAGGACCCAACAUUGCGCGGAACUCCAUCGUGAACGCCACGGAGCUGGUGUGUUAUGACAUGGUGAAGGAGGAGAUUCUGGCCAUGAACCUGAUGACAGACAACCUGCCCUGCCACUUCACCUCAGCCUUCAUCACAGGCUUCGUCACAACAUGUGUCGCCUCACCUGUCGACGUCGUCAAGACAAGAUUUAUGAACUCCAGACCAGGACAGUAUGCAGGAGCCUUGGACUGUGCUGUGAAGAUGUUCUAUGAGGGAGGGCCGAUGGCAUUCUACAAAGGGUUUACUCCUUCAUUUAUGCGGCUGGGAUCCUGGAACAUCCUGAUGUUUGUGUUCUAUGAGCAGUUGAAGCGCGGCUUCACCCAUCUCAACAAUCAGAACCGAUUCCGCGAAGUAAAAGCACCUAUCUAAAACUACACAGCAGGCCGCAACCACGUUUGCAACCAGAGCACCUCUUUGAGGGGAAAAGUCAGAAAGUCCUAGGGGCUGUAUCUCAAAGAAAGUCAAAGGAACUAUGGAUUUUUGAAAAGGAUUUCUUUGUAGCAGUCGAUUCUGAGGAGGUCUUAGCUGGUGGAAAGUGCCUAUAAAUGUAUACAUGGCACAAGGACACUUGCAAAGUGCCUGAGGACGGAAUGAGGGAUAUAUCAGUGAUAGGGUACAUGUAUAUGAGUAUUGUGCAUUGUCUUAGAGGACUAUUUUUUGUACGAAAUGUUGAUGUAGGUCACCAAAAUGUGAAGGAAAUGAGAGGUUGGGUUUAUGUUAUAGGGGAAAAGAAAUGUUACACUGUAAAAUGCUUGCAUUUGAUAGUGCUAUCUUUAGCAAUGUUGGAGAUAAAUUUGAAGAGUUUCAUUGUCACCAGUACAUUCUGGAUGACAAGUUCCACUAUUUAUACUGAUAACUUCUGCCAAGUAUUUUACAGCAAUUGUGCAUUCCAAAAUUACUAGCGACACCAAUGCUUCUGCUGCUUCACUCUUAGUGUCUUGUAUACCAGGGUUUGUUUUGAAGCUCUGCUAGAAUUUUUGUGUGAUAGUUGACCACCACCUCUACUUCAAUAGAAAGACUAUAUGCUGAAAAACAUAACACAAUUCUCAGGUGACUUGAUCAGGUAUAUUUACAAUUCACUUUCAGGUUGUGUGUUAUCAUUUUUUUUCUUUCACGUUUAAAAAUGUCAAAGUCACGCAUUGCAAUGCCUUUACUUUUGUUACCUGUUAAUGUGAUAUAUAGGAAUAAUGAGCAAUAUAAAGAUGCGGGACAUCAGUAGAUAUUUAACCCUACGCCUGCUGUAGUUGUAUUAGUAAAGGUAGUAGGGGGAGGGUUAAUUCUAGCUAAGUAGUACUAGUACUAAUGUGGAAAAAUGGUUUCACUAACCACAUAUUGGUGCAAGGUCUAUGAUACCAACUUGAGGAUUGAGGUAAUAACUAAUACACAUGGCUUUAUUGCAGUAUGUAUAAUAUUGUAUGCAAGAAUGUUUUUGUAGACAUUUAUGUUGGUGCUAUUCGUGGCACAAUAUGUAUAUGUAUCACCUUUAUGUUUUAUGUUUGCAAGCUGCAACUUUGCUUUGUCAAUAAGCUCAGGCACGUUUUCUUAUUUAUAAGUCACUAUGUGACAAGGAACGGCUAUGUUAGAGAGGAGACUGAAGAUUGUACAAACUUGUAAAUAAUCGUAGUAGAAUCUGUGUAUAAAGGAAACGGAGGAGAUGACCAUGACAGGAAAUAAAUCCAACCAUGUCUUGACAAA